GAGGGCAUCAGUGUCACGUCGGCCAGCCAUACGGAGGCGUGACUUAUUCUGUCCGUUAUGUACGUUUGACUGGGUGUUAAUAUUGGUGUCUUGGUUCUCUCGUUUUAGGUGAGUUUACAUUGCCACGCAACAAUCGAUACAGUCAGGCUUCUUGUGCGGUGUAUUUAUAGCCAUAGAUAAACCGGAACGUUUGGCCGAGCCCAGUCUUUGUCCUCAAGUGUCCUCAUGGUCCAUCGCUCGCCGGCCGUGGGGCAAGGCAAGGAAGUUCAGCUGUCGGCCGGCGAUUCGGCUCACUUCUGCCUGCAGCAGCUCGUGUAGCGUGACACCGUCGUGCCGAUAAAGCCAGUACCCGCUGUCGCUGUUAACCGUACCCUUGUUCGGGACGAAAUCGUAGCGCUUUGGACCGCUGGUCGGUGAACUGAGCCAGAUCUGUCGGUUCGGUGACUGUCGGUUGAUAACGUACGUUCCGUGCGGCUGUCCAAAGUUCACAGUCAGCACACCAUCCUGCGGACGAUGCAAAAAGAUCAUUAGUAAAGAAGAGCGUCGAAUGAACCGUUCGAAUACCGACACUGUAGGUUACAUCCGCCUGGUUGAGCGAAGUGGUUUCCUCGACCAUCUCCUCGAAAUAAUCGCACAGCGAUUCCAGAGUAUCCGAGCAGACCGCUUCAAAGGUGGCCGAGUUGAUCGGAGAGGUCGGGAUGGAAUCGCUGGGAUUCUUCGAACUGAGCCACCGCCAACCGGCAAUGCAUUGAUCUGUCCACCUGGUGUUGGGGGUUAAUUGUUGCGACGGACGAUUGGUGCACAAUCUCUGGGACGGCACUGGACGACGAAUGAGAUGCAUCGUUCUGCUACCGGAAGCACCGAUCCGAACGCUCGUCCUGCUCGGAAUUCGCCGUAGAAUGGUGAUCGGAUGUAUCAUAACAAAGGUUUACUUCUGUUCCGGGACUGUUUACAAAAUAGAUCUUUGCGUCACAUAAAUUUUAAGCUCCAAUUGACAGCAGCUGUCAGUUUGAAGCCGUCUGUUUACUUUUUACUCCGCUGUUCGGGGGUAAUACAUUUUUCGCAAUUUCAGUUGAAGAGUGGCGAUCGUUCGAGCAAAUUGUCCUUUCCCGAAGCAAACCACGGAACAAUGAAGCUAGAACGGGAUGAAAUUCUGAUUCUGUUCGACGUGGACGGCACCCUGACCGAGCCACGGGCCGCGAUUGAGGAGAAAAUGAAAGAUUUCCUGUACCGUGACGUGUUGCCGCGGGCCACACUCGGGGUGGUCGGUGGUUCCGAUUUGGAGAAAAUGCGCGAACAGCUUAACGGGUCGGAGUUUCUCACCAAGUUCGACUACGUGUUCCCGGAGAACGGGCUGGUGCAGUACGAAGCCGGCCAGGAAGUGGGCAAAGCGUCGAUCGUCCAGCAUCUCGGCGAGGACGUUCUGAAGCGAUUCAUCAACUACUGCCUCCGGUAUAUCGCCGAUCUGGACAUACCGAUCAAACGGGGCACGUUCAUCGAAUUCCGCAACGGGCUGAUCAACGUGAGUCCGAUAGGACGGAAUUGCUCGGUGGCGGAGCGCAAAGAAUUUUACGCGUACGACGAAGUGCACCGUAUACGGCAGACGAUGAUAGAGCGAUUGCAGGCCGAGUUUCCCGCAGUGGACCUUACCUACUCCAUCGGGGGGCAGAUCAGCUUCGACGUGUUCCCGGCCGGGUGGGACAAAACCUUUUGCUUGCGUCACGUAUUCAAGCGAAAGAACGCGUUCCGGGAGAUUCAUUUCUUCGGCGAUAAAACCGACCCGGGAGGCAACGAUUACGAGAUCUAUAGUCACCCGCAGACCGUCGGCCAUCGUGUCACGUCACCGGACGACACCAUGGCUCAGUUGGUGGAGCUUUUGGAGCUGCAACAAUGAACGGAAACAACGGCACUGAUCGGCACGCGACGGGAAAUAGGGUUGGAAUGUUGUCAAUCCCCCUGCCUUUAUUC